AUGGAAAAACACAACCUCACAGUGGUGACAGAAUUCAUCCUGAUGGGCAUCACUGACCGUCCUGAGCUGCAGGCCCCAUUAUUUGGGCUGUUCCUCAUCAUCUAUUUGAUCUCAGGGGUGGGCAACUUAGGAAUGAUCAUUCUCACUAAUGUGGACUCCAGGCUCCAAUCACCAAUGUACUUUUUUCUCAGACACCUAGCUAUAACCGACCUAGGUUACUCUACAGCUGUAGGACCCAAAAUGUUAGUAAAUUUUGUUGUAGAUCAAAAUGUAAUAUCUUUUUAUCUGUGUGCUACACAGCUAGCUUUCUUUCUUCUGUUUAUUGCUUGUGAACUUUUUAUUCUGUCUGCAAUGUCCUAUGACCGCUAUGUGGCCAUCUGUAACCCUCUGCUCUACACUGUCAUCAUGUCACAAAGGGUAUGCUGGGUACUAGUGGCAAUAUCUUAUCUUUACUGCACAUUUGUGUCUCUUCUACUUACUAUAAAGAUUUUCACGUUGUCCUUCUGUGGCUACAAUGUCAUCAGUCACUUCUACUGUGACAGUCUCCCUUUGUUAAUGUUGGUCUGCUCAAAUACUCAGGAAAUUGAAGUGAUAAUGUUAGUCUUUGCAGCUUUUAAUUUGAUGUCCUCUCUCCUGGUUGUUCUUGUGUCCUACAUGCUCAUCCUCAUAGCCAUUCUCAGGAUGAACUCUGCUGAGGGAAGGCGCAAGGCUUUCUCCACCUGUGGGUCCCACCUCACAGUGGUCACAAUCUUCUAUGGGACUUUGAUAUUUAUGUAUGUGCAGCCGAAAUCCAGUCACUCCUUUGACACUGAGAAAGUGGCUUCCAUCUUUUAUACUCUGAUUAUCCCCAUGUUGAAUCCCUUGAUUUAUAGUCUGAGGAACAAAGAUGUAAAAUAUGCCCUUCAGAAGACAAGGGAAAAAAUAAGCGGUGUCUUCUCUUGA